CGUCAGCAGCCACUAUCAAUGACAUCUGCUCAUUCUAACAUGAUUUUCAAGAUGGAUGCCAUUUUCAAUUUCCAGACUUCUCACGUGGAUGGAAUCCUAAGCCCGCCUCCCCUUUUUUUCGCCUUUUUAUUCGCCAACCGCCUUCCUGUUAGACCAACAGGUGAGCCUCCAUUGCUUUGCCUCCCUUGCCACCUCGCAGCCUGAUAUUGCCCUCAAGUUUCACUCGGACAAACGGUUUCCUUCAUGUCCGGGUCAGAGUCACACCACCAUAAUCUAUCUCAUCGACCCCAUCUAAUGUUCCAAGAUCCCAAACUGCAUCACCUUUUCUUUCCUUGGCGAAGUUUUACACGUAGAGACGGUGAUCAGUUGUAUGCUCGUUUGCGAAGGCUUUAUCCAAUUUCGAGGCCUCUUGUUCCAAGCUAUCUAGGUCCACCGCUUCCCAGUACACAUAUAUAGGUACUGUCGGUCCGUCGGGAGGAGCCAUGCAUUGAAUCAUCAGAGUCGGGUUUUGUAUCAGCCUGUUCUGGUGCCAGACCUCCAGCAGCCGCUGUUCACCGACGCUAGCCGGCUUUUCACCUCACCCUCACCUUCACGUCAAGCAAACAGCCAUGUACCUAUUAUAAGUCCCUGCCGGCCUGUUUGUCAUCGCACAGCGCCACGGGGAUGGGAUCUUAGUUCUUGCCCCUGUGGUGCAGAUGGGAGGCCGCUGGGGAUUCGUCCCCUCCCCCUUCCAACUGACAGGGUCCGGGGACGGAAUUAUUUGACUAGUUAAUCGAUUCGGUUGACAUCCUUUUUUAUGGACCAAAACAGAGCUUUUACUAUAAUAAAAAGGCGCACGAUCACCUAUCACAUACGACCAUACCCACUGGAGUAUACGGGAUCCCGUCCGCUCUCCCCUAGUAAAACCAGUGAGGGCUAGAUUGGUAUUGGGAGAAACAUGGGUUCCAAAACCAGCCAAUGGCCUGCCUCGAUUAUCGCCCCACCCCUUUACUCUGCACCUUACUUUGCACCUUACUCCACUCACGAACGACAUUGCUGUCACCGAUUUCUCAACGUUUCCGCCGCCGCAAGCGAGAACGGUUUACUGCUUCCUGAUUUUGACCGACAGUGUCCCUCCGACGGCUACCUGCGCCACCAUGGAUCCUUUUUGGAAAUUCGCCAGCUCGCUUUUUGCGAGAGGUGCCCGCUCCCCCUCUUCUCAUCGAUCCUUUAUCGACAGCCAUCAACCUUGGUUUUCGCUCUUUUGCUUUGCUUACGAUUAGCCAGAGACGGGCAGACGACGUGAUGUCGCCUCAACAUACGGAUAUUUCGACUCCAACCACGAGGCCAGUUCGAGAUUUUCGAGCUGGCAGGGAUGACGAGCGGCGUCGGCAUGCUUUCGCAAGUCUCGCACGGAUUGACGACGAGCCGUUGCGGGAUGCACGAGAAUGUAGCAAGAAGUUUAUCCGUGCACAAGAGGCAGCAAUGAAGUCAUGGAAGAUUUUUUUUCAAGAAGUUUACCAAAUUGACCCGGAUCAGAUCUGGCUUGAUUUGUGUCACCGCCGAAGCGAUGCCCAUGUGAAGGCCAAGGACUACUGCCGAUUAUUCCUCGACGACUACGUCAAAUAUUCCGACCGACCUGUUGUCUGCCUUGGUCCGGAAGAAACCAAGCUAGAACGAGCCGUAACAGCAGCAUGGAGCGUUGAAAGUCUUUGGAGAACUCUCGUGUUGGCGGCCGACAAUACCGUUCUCCGUGUCAAAAGACGUUCCGACCCUGACAAUGACAGCAAAUGGAAGCUACAGUACACACCUGGCUCGAAUAAUUUGCGUGGAGAAGGGCCCGUCUGGGAGGUUUCCUACUGGAUUGUUAAGCAUUUGACCCCCAAAUACAAUCUCACUCUGCAGCAGACCUUCACCAAAAGAUUGGCCACCGAUCGGGAUAUCCUCCUCGCCCUUACAACGCUGUGGACUCGCGCAAACGAUAUCCCUUGCAGUCGUCGGACCCGAGUCGCUUUCCACUCCGUAAUCCUCAUGGCUGCGAUAGGCGGCUUUCGACCGGGUGCUUUGCUAGGUCUCACCUACAGCCAAGUCCGUCUGGCCUUGGUCCGAGACCCUAAGGAUGCAAAACGGAAAAUUGUGGCAGAGAUCACAAUACACCAAAACAAGCUGAGAAAUGAUGUCAUCCGCACUUCUCAGAAAGACAAGGUCUCAUUUUCGGUAGUGCCCAUACCAUGUCAAACCUGCUGCCUCUCCACCCUCAUCGCUGCUCAAGCAAUCUUUGACGACGCAUUUGAGACCCCGUUCAGUUCUUUUGGGGACCUACUUCGACGGCCCAAAAUCGAACAUGUCAAUUUCAUUCAGUUGGACUGGAAGCCGGAAAUGAGAAAUCGCGAGAUUUUCCCCCUGAAGUAUCACACCCAGCGCGAGCUUUGGAAUCGUGUGCUUGAAGUGGCUGGUUUUCGCGAUCUACUGCGGAUUUAUGCGAUACGAGUUGGUGCAGGCAACAGGCUCGAUGGCGCUCUCAGCUCGGCGGUGCGCAACUAUAUGCUUUCUCAUUCAACCACAGUAUAUGAAACAAGCUACCAGCCGAGGAAUGUUGGCCACGACCUUACAGAAAUCGCAUUCGGCGAUCGUGCUGGAGGCAAUAAGGAGCUCUUUGAUCUCAUGCGCGACUCGUCUCUCGGACGGGACGCAGACGCGCCGAUCUAUAUCACCAAAGCAGAAUUGGAAUCCUUCGAAAAGCGGAGUGAUAUGCGUGCUCUUCGUGCGCAAUACGCUAAGCUCAAAAAGGACGAGUCAUUAGAGGCCAAGAAAGAGGCGAAUCGAAUUCAGUCACGACUUGGAAAAUUAGUCAAUGAACUCACUGCCUUGACACUGAGUGUAAAGAGAAGGGACUAUUUUAGAUUUGUCGAUACACGUAGAGCGUCUGGACGGGCAACAGACGAUCUGCACGUCGCACCCAUCAACCCCCGACGAACCCGUCAUGCGGAAGCCGGCCCCCCAGCCAUGAUGGUCGGUCAGAUUAUGUGCCAAGACAGUACUGCGGUGGAUUCCGGGACGGCGAUGGAACUAUGGGGAAGCUCGCUCGUCGCGUUUCUCAAAUGCAGGGACGACGAUCUCAAAGCAGCACUAGCGCCCACACUAAUACCGUCGAUAUCAGUCACCAACUCAAUUUGUCUAUUAUGCAAAAAGGAAUUCACGCAGCGGAGAAACUUGACGCGUCAUGUCGCCUCGGUCCACAACAAACAAUUUCAGCGGCCUUUUGACUGCCCUGUGUGCGUUGACAAAUGCAUCAUUAACGACGCUGCGCACUGGAGCCACCACAUUGACAUUUUCCAUGGCCGGCAAAAUGCACCACGCUUCCCUCCAAAGACCGCGGUUCAACCAACAGACGAUGCUGAAAUGCCUCCGAUGCCGGUUAUCAGACUAGAUCGUCUGGAUACUUCCAAACCGACAUGUCUUUUGUGUGGCAAGUCAUUUGCGACAAAGAAAUCCCUGACACGACACAACAAAGAGGUCCACCAUCAGGAAGGACGCUUUCGGGGGCCUUUUGACUGCCCUGCCUGCAACAAGGAGAAUGGAAUGCCCUUUUGCACCAUAUUCAAUGCCGUAGAGUGGAGCAACCACGUUGAGACAGUCCACGGUCCACAGAACACCCCAGGUCUGCCAACAGACGGCCAGACGAACUUCGCUCGUAAGAGGAAGAGGAAGGGAGAUAGAAAGGAUGAGUAUAGUGAAACAGAUACGAUGGAGACAGUAGUGGCGGGAUCUCAGGAAAACCCGGGGUUCCUCGGGGAACGUGCCAAAUAUGAAGGCAAAGUGGCUUUUUGCCUUUUCUGUCAGCUUCACUGGGCCCCUGGAACAUACUUCGCAAGGCAUCUCAACGCGAAGCAUUCGAAGCAUUUCGAAUCCCCUUUCUCAUGCCCCGAAUGUCCACCGAAUGACGGUUGUUUAAUUUUGGAUCUCUUUACAUGGAAACGGCACAUCUCCGAAGUUCAUGGUGGCGAUAAUGGCGCUCUGCUUGUGGAUCAGGGGUGUGAACGAAUCUCGCAGAGAGACGGGACCAAAAGGCGACGGGAAGAAGACGACAUGUAUCCUAAGGAUACAACGGCGACGAAGAAGCAAAGACCAAGCGCGAUGCUGGAGGAUGUCAUCGAUCAUGCUGGUAGGACCAGUGUGAUCGAUUAGGUUAUUAUUUCUGGUUUGUUAUGCCCUGGCUGCGCUACUAGGCAUAUAAUAGCUCCGGCCCAUCCGUCUUCUGUACUGUCUGGGUCCAUGCAGAAUUGUUGUCUUUCAAAGGCUAAAUUUGGAAGUGAAAAAUGGUCGCCUAGAGUUAGCUGAUUCGCGACGCGAUUAUGGUGCCGCCAAAACUCCGCGCGUUGAUGCGAAAUCUAUUUCGCGAGGGCAUUUGGCGUUCUGCGACUACGCCAGGGCAUACAAG